AUGGCGGAACCACAGGAUGGUCCCAAGGAGGGAGACUUCGCCUCCGGACGCCGAAGAGCACCAACAAUUAAUAUCGACACGACGGCCGUGAGCCCGAGUCCUGUCACGAACGAGCCAGAGGUGGACGCCAACUCACCAAUAUCACCCGGCACCACGCCAGAACCAUCAACAAAUUCUCACAAGAGGAGUCUCUCUGGAGAGAGCAGGCCGACAAGUCCUCACAAUGUGUCAAACCCCUUUGCUUCCUUCCGCGGUCCAAAUCCGGGACUGCUCACCGUCCCUGGCGCCCCAAGACCUCGCCAGGACUCUGUCAACUCUGAUGAUGACCGCUCCAUCACCUCGUCCAUUGGCGACACCACGGUAGCAGGGGGUUCUACGUUGGGGGAGAAGGCCAGCCGAGGUGCUGCCGACAACGACAGCAUCAAGAACGAUCCGGAUGCUUUGAAGCCCGACCAGGGCAAGGAGGCCGAUUUCCAGGUCAACGACAACCCUUUCGCCUUUGCCCCUGGCCAACUGAACAAGAUGUUCGACCCCAAGAGCUUGUCUGCCUUCUACAAGCUGGGUGGCCUCGCCGGUAUCGAGAAGGGAUUGCGAUCCAACCGGUCGACUGGUCUUGGCGCCGACGAGGCUACUCUUCCUGGGCGCGUCACGUUUGAGGAGGCUACCGCUCACGUCGGCUCGGCCGACACCAAGCUUGCCCAGACUGAUAGCCAUGCGACGGCUUCCGGCAGGCAGGACUCGGGGGCCUUCUCCUCGAGAAAGCGCGUCUUCAGCGACAACCGGCUUCCUGCCAAGAAGGGCAAGAAUCUUCUCCAGCUCAUGUGGAUCACGUAUAACGACAAGGUCCUGAUCCUGCUGUCCGUUGCCGCCGUCAUUUCUCUGGCCAUUGGCUUAUAUCAAACAUUCGGUCAGGAGCACGACGCCACAAACCCCGGUGUAGAAUGGAUCGAGGGUGUUGCCAUUAUUGCCGCCAUCACCAUCGUGGUUAUUGUUGGAUCUUUGAACGACUUCCAGAAGGAACGCCAAUUCGCCAAGCUGAACAAGAAGAAGCAGGAUCGUGUGGUUCGCGUUGUUCGAUCCGGAAAGACUGUGGAAAUCUCGGUUUUUGACGUUCUGGUUGGCGAUGUCAUGCACUUGGAGCCCGGCGAUUUGAUCCCCGUUGAUGGUGUUCUCAUUGAGGGUUUCAACGUCAAGUGCGACGAGUCUCAGGCCACUGGUGAAUCCGACAUUAUCAAGAAGCGUGCCUCCGACGAGGUCUUUGCGGCAAUCGAGAAUGGCGAGAACUUGAAGAAGAUGGACCCCUUUAUCCAGUCGGGCGCCCGCGUCAUGGAGGGUGUCGGUACAUUCAUGGUUACCUCGACCGGUGUCUACUCCAGCUAUGGCAAGACGCUCAUGUCGCUCAACGAAGACCCCGAGAUCACCCCCUUGCAGUCGAAGCUCAAUGUCAUUGCCGAGUCCAUCGCCAAGCUCGGCGGUGCCAUCGCCCUCCUCCUCUUCCUGAUUCUGUUCAUCAUCUUCCUGGUCAAGCUUCCCCGCCAAUUCGCUCCGCUCACCCCCGCGCAAAAGGGCCAGCAGUUUAUCGAUAUCUUCAUCAUGGUCGUCACAAUCGUGGUCGUCGCUAUUCCUGAAGGCCUUCCGUUGGCUGUCACUUUGGCCCUCGCUUUUGCCACGACUCGCAUGCUCAAGGACAACAACCUGGUCCGCCACCUCAAGGCUUGCGAAGUCAUGGGCAAUGCCACCACCAUCUGCUCUGACAAGACGGGUACUUUGACUCAGAACAAGAUGCAAGUUGUUGCUGGCACCAUCGGCACAAGCCACCGCUUUGGUACUUCCACCAUCCCGGGCGAGAGCCCUCGGAGCGAGAAGGAUGUGGAGGCCCAGGAAGUGGUGAAGAUGCUCAGCCCCGAGGCUAAGGAUCUGCUGCUCAAGUCUAUCGCGCUCAACUCGACUGCCUUCGAGGGGGAUGUCGAUGGCGAGCACACCUUCAUCGGCUCCAAGACGGAGACCGCCAUGCUUAUUCUGGCUCGCGAGCACCUUGCCAUGGGCCCCGUUGCUGAACUGCGCUCCGGCAGCAAGACCCUUCACCUCAUUCCCUUCGACUCUGGACGCAAGUGCAUGGGUGUCGUGGUUCAGCUGGAGAAUGGCAAGGCUCGUCUUUAUGUCAAGGGUGCGUCCGAAAUCAUGUUGGAGAAGUGCACCCAGAUCCUCCGCGAUCCUUCUCAGGGCUUGGCCUCGGCUACUCUCCACGAGGAAAACCGCGAGACCAUCAAGCAUCUGAUUGAGACUUACGCCCGCAACUCGCUCCGUACCAUCGGCCUGAUCUACCGCGACUUUGACAAGUGGCCCCCCAAGCCAGCCCGCCGCGUCGAUGCCGAGAAGGAUGAGAUUGUCUUUGAGGAUAUCUGCCGCAACAUGGUCUUUGUCGGUAUGGUUGGCAUCAAGGAUCCUCUUCGCCCUGGUGUGCCCGAGGCUGUCAGAGACUGCCAGCGGGCCGGUGUCGUUGUGCGCAUGGUUACUGGUGAUAACAGGUUGACUGCCGAGGCUAUUGCCCGGGAUUGCGGCAUUCUCCAGCCCAACAGCGUGGUUCUCGAAGGCCCCGAGUUCCGCAACAUGACCAAGGCUCAGCAAGAUGAGAUCAUUCCCCGCCUCCACGUUCUCGCACGGUCCAGCCCCGAAGACAAGCGCAUCUUGGUUAAGCGGUUGAAGGACAAGGGCGAAACCGUUGCCGUGACCGGUGACGGCACCAACGAUGCCCCGGCGCUCAAGACGGCUGAUAUUGGCUUUUCGAUGGGCAUCGCUGGCACCGAGGUGGCCAAGGAGGCUUCCGCUAUUAUCCUCAUGGACGACAACUUCAACUCGAUCGUCAAGGCUUUAAAAUGGGGUCGUGCCGUCAACGAUGCCGUCAAGCGUUUCCUCCAGUUCCAGCUCACCGUCAACGUCACGGCUGUUGUUUUGACCUUUGUCUCCGCCAUCUACUCUGCCGUUACCCAGUCGCAUCCCGAGGAAAAGGCUACCGCUGUGCUCACCGCCGUUCAGCUUCUCUGGGUCAACCUCAUCAUGGACACUCUUGCUGCCUUGGCUCUGGCUACCGACCCCCCUCAGGACAGUGUGCUGAACCGCAAGCCCGAGCGCAAGGGUUCCUCGAUCAUCUCACCUACUAUGUGGAAGAUGAUCCUCGGACAGGCCGUGUUCCAGCUUCUCAUCUGCUUCCUGCUCUAUUUCGGAAAGUCUUCCGUGUACCCUGGACCAGAGAUCAUUCCCGACAGCCAGAUCAACACCUUGGUCUUCAACACUUUUGUGUGGAUGCAGAUCUUCAACCAGUGGAACAACCGGCGUCUUGACAACCAGUUUAACAUCUUUGAGGGUCUCACCAAGAACUGGCUGUUCAUUGGCAUCAGCGCCGUCAUGUGCGGCGGUCAAGUCCUCAUUGUCAUGGUUGGCGGUACAGCUUUCCGCAUUGCCGAUGAGGGCCAAUCACCGACCAUGUGGGCGACUGCCAUCGUUCUUGGUCUCCUUUCCAUCCCCGUUGGCGUCAUCAUCCGCCUCAUCCCCGACGAGAUCAUUGUCGCCUUGGUCCCCGGCGUUCUCAAGCGCAAGCACAGCUCCAAGGUUCCCGGCAUCAACGUCUCCGACGACGAAGAACGCUUCACCGCCUACCCCGCGCCCCUCGCCGACAUUCACGAGGAGCUCGCCUGGCUCAAGCGCGUCAAGGGCGGCCGUCUCAACAACCUCAAAUUCGCCAUGAAGCACCCCCGCGAAACCUUCCUCAACCGCAGCCCCGUCCCGAGCAGGGAGCACUCCCGAUCCAACUCGAUCCACCGCCUCCCCCAGACCCCUGUCCGCGAGGACAGCCAUGGGUCUACCGCUCCUACUCCUGAGUCCCGCCGCCGCAGCAGAAGCAACCGCUCCCGCUCCAACAGCGUGUUGGGCGCGGCGACGGUCAUGACUGGUAUUGUUGCUGGUUCUAUUGCGGCGGGCUGGUCACCGAUUGAGAAGAGGGGCGAGCCGGAUUUUGGCCAGUUCCCGCCCAAGCCGUCGCCUCUUGGUCAGGAGAUUGGCGAGGAUGAUCAGGCGGGAAGGGUGUCGACGGAUGAGAGGAGGGAGGUUGAGGGGUCGUCUUCAUCCAGUGCCCAGGAUGUUCCGAUUAUUAAUGUGCCCAAGCCAAAGUCGCCUUCUACCCCUACUCCUUGA